CCGUGAAGGCGUCGCCGUUCUCCGCUGUGUGGCUGUAGAUUUGCGGGUCUGGAGGAUGAGGAGCGGCGGGGAUGCUGCUGCCUCUGCUCCGCCGAUCACACACUCGGUUCCGCAGCCAGUCUGAGGGGAAACAGCCGCAGCCAUGGCCUCGGACAGCUGUCUGUUUGUGUGGUCUGAUCAGUGUGUCAUUGUGUGUCCCCUCUCCCUCUCCCUCCUCCUUCCAGUCACCCCAGAGGCCAUCGGCUUCCUGUCGGCAGUAGGCGUCUUCAUCGUGGCGUUGGCCGUCCUCUUCCUCUUCAUCAACAAGAAGCUGUGUUUCUCACGUGUCGGCGGACUGCCCUGUCUGGAGCAACAUGGCCGCCGGAAGAAAGGACGACUGGGAGCCCGCCAGGGCCUCGUGAACAGCUACGGCGACGAUGACGAUGAUGGCAUCAGCUCCUCCGACAGCGAGGACGAGAUCCUGAAGCAGUUCGAGAUCUCUGUAUCACGUUCACAGAGCUUUCGCACUGCAGUGGCGAGCGGAGGUGAACCGCAGUCCCAGCAGACUCAGCUGCCAUUGGGUCGCCGCCACAAGUUCACCCGACUGUCAGACCAGGAGGAGGGCAGCACCGAGCCAUCAGACUGUGAAGAAACGGAGGCUCAGAGCCGGCAGGGUUUCCAGGACCCGCUCUCUGCGGCACUAGAGGAACGCGAGAGGGCGUCCGCUCUCUCUCUGGACAAACCCACCGGGGUCGAGGCGUCGGGCACCAUGGACAGUCCCGCCCCCAGUAUGAACCGGCAGGCCGCGGACGGCAGCGAGGACACAGAGAAGGCCGUGGAUCGCGACAGAAAUGACGCCACAGACAGCUCCUCCACCUGGAGCCCUGAGCAAGAGCAGCCUCCCCACGACGAGGUUUCAUCUCAGCCAGUCACCUCCUCCCCUCGACCCCCCAUCUCCAAAUGUGGAGACCUGGUCCUCUCUCUGGAGUACCGUCCCGAUACGGAGAAGCUGAUGGUCUCUGUGGUCGCGGCCCGGGACAUCCCCGACAAGGCCCGCAGCGGGAUGGACUCCUGGCAGGUGCACAUGGUCCUGCUUCCCUCCAAAAAGCAACGGCACAAGACGUCGGUACAGAAAGGCUCGCUGCCGCACUUCAACGAGAAGUUCCGCUUCUCGCGCCUGGAGCCUUCAGACCUGCAGAUGUCGGCCAUCAGGUUCAGGCUGUACGCACUCGGAGGCAGGAUGUCCCGUGAGCGGAUGAUGGGGGAGAAGGUGCUGCGUUUAGGAGGGAUGGACCCGGACGGAGGGACGAUGGAGACGACGCUGGUACUGGAGCCUCGCAGUAACCUCAAGAGUGUGGACUCCCAGCUGAGUCUUUCUGCGGUGUCUCAGAGCGACAGCGCCUCGUCCACUCAGUCUCUGACCCACGGUGGAGUCCCUGAGCUGCUGGUGGGUCUGUCCUACAACGCCACCACAGGACGCAUGUCUGUGGAGCUCAUCAAGGGCAGCCACUUCAGAAACCUGGCCAUCAACAGACCACCAGACACGUAUGGUCGGCUGACUCUGCUGAACUCGGUCGGUCAGGAGAUCUCUCGGUGUAAGACGUCGGUGCGCCGCGGCCAGCCCAACCCCGUCUACAAGGAGACCUUUGUCUUCCAGGUGGCUUUGUUUCAGCUGUCGGACGUCACGCUGUUGGUCUCCAUCUACAACCGGCGCAGCAUGAAGCGCAAAGAGAUGGUGGGCUGGAUCGCUCUGGGUCAGAACAGCAGCGGCGAGGAGGAGCAGCUCCACUGGCAGGACAUGAAGGAGAGUCGAGGACAGCAGGUCUGCCGCUGGCACGUCCUGCUGGAGGCGUAACGCUGCCUGCCAAACAGGGUUUAGUUUCUUUUUAAGGUUGAAGGGAGUUAAUUGUUUAGUCAGAAAGUUUGAAAGUGUUGAGAGAAGAAGAAAAAGAUGGCUUUGGUUUUAUCUGCGGACUGGAAGAUGGAUGUGGUUUCAAAGUCAACAGAAUCAGCACAACAUCCACCAUCGUCACAUCUGUCCACACACAUCUGCCAUAGAGAAACCGGCUUGAAAUAGCCAUCUUUGUCCUCUUGUGUCCAGCUAUCGUUGUCUUCACACGAUCUGCCAUCGCGCCAACAACAUCUCGUUUUGACAUCUUGUGUGGAUGUGUGUGAUUUGGACGACUUGCAGUUACGCCCACUUAGAGUUACACUCUUCUCUUGCAGUCUGCAGACAGACCCCUGUCGUUGCUUUGGGUGUUUUGAUUUUUCUUUUCCCAUGAACACCCACAAAGGCGGUCAUUUGUCUGCACUCAAAACAAACACAUAAUUUGAAUGCUUUAUCAGCAGUGUUUUUCUGUAUUUAGAGUUCAAGGUUGAGAAAAGGACUGGAUACAGAAGCCCUAACUGAUCUCGUUAAAGAAAAUAAAAAUAAAAACAUUCUUUACAUUUUAGACGGUAUAAACAGCAAAUAUUCCCUCCUGUCAUUGAUAAAUGACACAAACGAUAACUUGAAAUUUUCAUCAAUUCAUUUGCGUCAUCCAAAGAUUAGUGGAUGAGCUAAUGGUGAAGUCAGUAUUCUUGUUCCCACUGAAGGAAAUACUGGAGAAAGAACCAUGAGUAGAAGUGGAUAUGUUUCAUGAUUCAAGUAGAGGAGGAGGACGGCGUCUCAUUCAUAUUCAACACUCAUUCAUAUUCUCCUGACACUCAUGCCACUACAGGCAGGAAGACCAGCAGCUGGAGACUCUUAACCCCUGUGGGAUGAGAGAGCGCACCCCCCCCCCCCCCCCCCCCCCCCCCCCCCCACACACACACACACACACACACACCCUAAUCAUCAACACUGAAUUAUGUUAUUUGGCCGUGGCUCAGUCUCCUUCACGAGUCAAAGCCCAUUCCAACACCCAUCAACGCUGAGCUGAAAAGAGGCUUUAAAUAUCUCACUGCAGCUGUUAAUAACAUGCAAUGAAUUACCCUGGAAGUGUGUGUUUCACCCCUCCUCACAUACACAAACACACACACACACACACACACACACACUCUUCUGUCUGUGGUAAUUGGUAGUUACAGCUGUAGAAUCGUACAGUGUGAAGAUGGUAAUGCUCAUCCUUUUCCCGUCUGAGCAUCAUUCAGUCAUGAGGCAGCAGCUCAGCCCUGGAGGUGGGGGGUGGGGGUUAGGGGGAUUAUAUCUGUUUGUGUAGACAGAUACUGUAGCUCGGAAACCUUCAGGGGGUUCACGCACCGAUGGCAGAGAUGUGUUGAUUUUCUUCAGACAGGUGAUAAAAAGAGCCUCUUUAGAAAAGAUGAACUGCAGCUCGGUUUGGAAACUGUGAUCGGAAGCAGGAAAUUACUCAAAAAUGCAAUUUUCAUUAAAGAGAUGACAGUCUGUAAUUCAUUUUGAAAACCCAGGCAUAAAAAAAUUAGGUGAGGUUAGACGCCCAUAAUCACAUGCUUCAUGUGAAUUAAAGGGUCAAUUCACCCAAAUCAAGCAAAAUACCCGUCCCACACGCCCCUAGAGGUAUCAAGCCAUCCAGAGUUGUAGACUUGGUUUUAAGAGUCGUCAGCCUCCACCCCAAUACAUGGAUAGACAUGAGUACAACUUUGGUUUUGCUGCUCGAAGCACUAAAAAAAUUUGAUUAUUUAGUAUUAUUAUCAUUUGAAAAACUAAAAAAAGAUAUUUUACAUAAUCCUAACAUGAGUAUAUCCAGGAAUUAGCCAUUACAAUUUCUUUUUCUUCUUGUUCAUCUUCUUCUUCUUGUAUAAUUUACAAACCUAUUUUUGUGCAAGUUGUCUAACUAAAUAUACUGUAUAAUCCUAUUUAUUGGCCAAGGAAAACGGACACUAUAAAUCCACUACAGGAGACACAUGUUGAAGUGGAUAAGUAGAUAUCCAGUUACAGCAAACCUCAUGACCUGUUUGAUUCACAACAGAAGAACAUACAUGGUUAAGAACAUUUGGUUUUCAUUACCAAACCCAUCACUUUCAUCAUCGUCAUCAACACACACAUUCAUUAAACUUCAGAUUUCAUAAAUCAGAAGCAGAUGUUUACAGUGUUUACCUAGAUAACAAUGAACAACAUGUACAAGUGCUUGUUAAGAAAACACAAAUGCUCCACUCCAUCGAAAACACACUCUCUUCUCUAGUGAGAACACGGUUUAUUUGUUGUAGUUGUUGUUGUAGGUGAUUCAGGGAAGACUGAAAACAACAUCUUUCAUUCAGAAUGAAUGAUAUGUUGAGGGGCACAAUUGAAUAGACUCACUCUAGAUCUGUUAAAUGCAGGAAACAAGCUGUAAGUGCUGUAUGUCUCAUGUUUAAGCUACAGAUAUGUAAUGAUGACUGUUUCAGGUAUAAACGAAGCAUUGGUGAAGAAUAGGAGUGCUGCAGCUAGCUUGAUGUUUUGUAAAAAGCCAAUUGGCGUGUACAUUUUUAGGAUUUACAGCAAAUGCGAAUUACAUUACUGAUUCAUAUGUUUAUUUUUGUACAUAAACAUUUGUCAAAGAACAAAAUAAUGUCAUUUUGAAUCAAGGCUACAUGGGAGUCAAAGAGGACAGCAAAAGUGAGCGACAGAGACCUUAGCCGCUACUAGCUUCAGUAUUCUAAAGUGAAUCGAUAUUUAGCAACUGUACUUGCUGUUAAAACUUUAGCACCUUGUCAUUUUACCCACGAUAAAAAAAAAAACAAUCAUCAAGCUCCAGCUGCUUCGCCUGUCAAGAUUUGCACACACAACUGCACAUAUAGCUGCAAUUUAUAGUAAUAGCAGAUGUUAGCUGUAGUAAGCUAGCCAAUUAAUGCAUGCUAAAAGACAAAAGCUAAACAAGCCAUGUCCCACGUUAAAUGUUGGCAUCCUCACCAGUCGAUCCAUGUAGACAAUACUAGAAUAAAUGAGCAGUAUUGUUCUUUGUAUUGUUGUUAGCCCUCGAGUUCGGUGAGUAUUAGCCUCGUAUUCAGUUGUAGUAUGACUCUGUUUGGACAGUUAGUACAGUAGCACAGUAGUACACAAUAUGCUAACGCUUAGCCGUUGAGGUAAUGCUGCUGGUUACAAUUGUAGAUAGUGAGCUAGUUAGCCGGGUAUGCCAAUGUUAGUGUCUUACGUUAGAGCAGACAAAUAGAUUGUUUUAUUUGAAUCUUCACAGUUUUGCAAAAUAUAACACCAUGUUCUAGACUCUUUUGGCUGCCAUCUGCAACAUUAAAAAGACCAGAGGUUGUCAGAUUGAGGUUUUUAAGCUAUGACGUGACCAUCCCAAACAGUAUCUGAUAUUUAAUUUAGGAUUGGCAAUUAUGCGACGUUCACAUCGUACUGGUGUUAACUGUUUUUUUUCCCUGAAAGAUCCAACAUGUCCGACUUAGGACAGCUGGACUCCGCAGUGAUGAGACUAACAGCUGCCACCUUCAGUAACUAUGGGAAUCUUUCCCAUCAUUAGCUUCUCUCUCACAUGCUGUGAACUUAGCAUUAGCUUAGCUAGGAUGACGAUUUCAUUAAACUGUCUCUUCGGUUUCGCCCAUUGACGUUUAAAAUGAACUCAAUUAUUACCAUAGUGAAAUAGAAAAAAACAAAAAUAUGAGCCCCAGACAGAAAAUUUUAUUUUAAUUUUAGCAAAAAAAAUUGUGGCAAAACUUUGUAUAUUACAAAACUUUAUUGGUUGUAAUUUUCAUUGACAAGUUAUUUUCUGGUUUUGACCUGCUCUUAUUAAAAUAAACUUCAAUUGGGAAGAUAAGUCAUGACCCCUCACAAGAUUUGAUGUCAGCACUCCUAUUCCACAGGCUUCAGUUGUGAGUGUGAAUAGUGACAUGAACUAUAUUUACUGCACAGACUGAUAUAUUUUAUGCAUGUCGACUCGUUGUACAGAAUCUAUAAUAUCUAUUCUAUAUUUUUUAAGAUAGUAAAUGUUCAAUGUUCUUAAAUAUUUCCCAGGAUUUCUAUUGUAGUUACACAUCUGCAUGCUCCGUUCGAGAUCCCAGGUUGUAUUACAGAUGUGAGACAAUCAGAUUGUGCUGCAGAUGUAAUACAGUUGUAAUACUCUUGAUGAAGUGCCUGUAACAUUUUGACAUGAUACAUAUCUACCGUGACAAAGAGAUGAUCCAAAUUUGCAUGAAACCUUCUCGUUGUUCCCUGUGAAUGCAGCUGUAGGACUGCAUGCAUGGAAGGUUUGUUCAGCCUGUCCAUCCAGGGCAGGCGUCCUGAUGUCAAGGCCUGGACCAGGGCUCAAGUCCAAGUCAGACCAGAUUCAGACAUGUUCAAGUCUGCAGCAGGUUUAAAGGGAGUCGAAACAUAGUAAAAACCAAGGCCAGAGCAAUUGGAAAAUCAAAUGUAGAAAAUAAAGUUCAUUUUUUCACACAUUAUCAAAUCUAGGGAUCCGGAACAGAUAAAAAAUAACUAAUAUAAAGGGACAGUGUUACAUAAUCACAUCAGAAUUUUUGCCUCUGAAGCUUGCAGUGUCUGUAUAAUUGAACAAAAAACAAGUUUAUUACAUUUAUUCCCCACUCUGUCCCUGCAGAAAAUUUGUAAUGUGUGAAUAAUACUGCAUAUUACACAAUGUUUAAAGGAACAGUUCAUCGAUAUGUUUACUUGCUUAACUGCUGAGAGUACGAUGAGAAGAUCAAUAACGAUCUCAUGUUCAUUUGUUAAGAAUGGAGCUUGAGUCAUGAGGCAAUUAGCUUAGCUUAGCAUAAAGACUGGAAACAAGCAGAAACAGCUAGCCUGGCUCUGUGGACAGUUCAAAAAUAUACCUACUAACACCUCUAAAGCUCGGUAAUAAACUGUAUCUCGUUUUUAUGACAUGUACACAAACAGAAAUGUAAAGGCUACAGUUUUUGGUUUUAGAUGUAGUUAUGUGGUAUAAUUAUUUCUUGAUGAACAACAGUUACUUAGAAUUUAACAGUGUUAAUUAGUGAGAUUUGGAAGUGUUUCUAGGUGUAUUUUUUAAUUUUGGACAGAGUCAGGGAAGCUGUUUCCCCCCUGCUUCCAGUCUUUAUGCUAAGCUAGGCUAAUCAUCUCCUGACCCCAGACAUAAGAUUGACUCCCAGCAAUAAACCAAAUAAGUCAAUUUGUCAAAAUGUCAAAGUACUCUUUUAAACCAAGGGGUUAUUUGAUCUUAAUGUAAAAGUUAGAAAAGACAAAAGUAAAACUCUUCUGAUUCUAUUACCAAAAACGGCAGAGAACUGAAGCAGACUUGAUUUUAUAUUGUCUGCUUUGUAAAUCAAAAAAGUAAAAAAAUAAAUAAAUUAAAAGCUGUGGAAACACAAAGUAAGUUGGAGCUUUUGUUUGUUUUAUUUACUUAUUUAAUUUGUAGAGCUGUUGUGUCCAAGGUCCCAGACAAGCCUUCAAGCUCAUCCAUGAAGAUUUUGAUUAAUUCUUUUCGAUCUUUAUUGACAUCCAACCUCCCUGUAGGCCUGAAACAAAACAGUGGACAUUGAGCCUGUGGCAGUGACACUGUAGAGAGUGUAUAAACUACAGUAUGGAGGGACUGUAGUCCUGCAGCCCUGGUCUGGGUCGUGCAUGCUGAGCCCCCACGGCAUCCAGAAAGCACUUUUUGUACCAAGUUUUGUCGUUGCCAAUAAAACCCAGAAGAUCCCCGCUGUGGGAAGGCCUGUCUGCCAUC